GCAACGGAUAGCUCACUGCUCGCUGCUCACCUUCCCUUCCAGCGUCCGCUCCCACCACGCGCUCAUAGUGGCAAAUGGCCUCCUCCGCCCUGGCGCUCCUUCUCCCACGGGGCGUCCCAGCGCUGCGCGCGGCUUCAGCCUCCCUCCCCCGCCGCUGCGCCUUGGGGAUCCUCGCGGCGGUGGAACCCCUAUCCCCGCCUGCAGCUGCAACGGCAGGCGAGGGCGCGCCGGCCUCGUCCUCUGGCGGCCCCAAGGCCACACCUCCCUUGAAGGCCCUACAUGGAACUCCGUGGAACCUGCAUCCCGAUUACAGGCGGUGGAAGGAUGCGGAAGAGGAGAUCCUGAGGGACAUCGAACCCAUCAGGAUGCUCACCAAGCACAUUCUCCAUUCCGACAGAUCUAGCAUACACUUUCUUUGUGAGAGAAAUAUACCAUAUGAAGAUCGAGCAACUUCAAUCCCAAGGAAUGUUUCAAUUACCUAUAAUAAAUGUUUAUUCUUUCUGUUAUCAACACUAUUCUGAGCAGGGGUAUCAACACAAGCAGUUUGAUGAAGUUUCACAAGGAAGAUGGAUUUUAGUUGUUCAGUUGAUGAAGAAGGAAUCCCUUCAUGGAACUUGAUUAUUGUACUGCUUAUGGCUUCUGAGUAAGAGUGUCAUUUGUACUUUAUUGAUACAAUAACGUAGAAUGAGAUAGAUAGGGUACAAUUAUUUUGUUCACUGACUAUUCUGGUUGAUUAAUCCCAUAAUAUGAAUUUUGUCCUAGAGUUUUUAAGGAUUUCUAUACUUUAUUUAGUCACAAAAUUGACCAAAUUGAUGAAUAUCAUUCAUGAUUUUUUUUUAAAUUACAUGUAUUUUCAAGAUUCAGAGAGCAUAAACGGUAAAUAGUAAAAGGAGGACUAGCCUUUAAGGAAUGGCAAAUGUUAUUAUAACAUUAAUAUGAGUUGUCAUAAAUUUGUUUUAGGUGGUGGUGGUUUUCCACACCGACACCUACAGUCUUGUGCAAUUUGCUUAUAAUACUUUUACACUAGAAAAUUGAUGGCCUGCAGAUACUUUGAUGGUGAGCGUUUGAGUGCCAAG